AACAGGAAGCGCUUUAUCCAGUCGUCCAUCAAAUCUUAUCCUUGAGUCUAUUUAAUAAAGUACCUCUAGUGGGAAUGUGCUGUACUUACGACUUACCUAAACGUGUUAUUUGUAGAUAAAGAGUUAAAUAGCGUAUUCUCAGAAUGAGUUUAGAGGUGGCUUGCUUGUCAUUUCGCCAGCCGUACGCUACCCUUGUGUUGAAUGGCGUGAAAACAAUAGAGAGCCGCUGGCGGCCCCUGCUGUCAGAGAUGCGGAACUGCACUCUAGCCGUUCACAUCGCUCAGAAGGACUGGGAGGACGAGGACUGGAGACUCAUCCUCACUGAAAGGCUGGGAAUGACAACCCAGCAAACGGAGGAACUUCUGCUGUCUGGAGACAGGUUUGGACGUGGUGUUAUAGCAGGUCUGGUUGACGUUGGGGAGACAUGGCGUUGUCCUGAGGAUGUUCCCUGUGAAGAGAUGAGAGAGCUGGAGACUGCGGCCUGCUUGACUGAACUCAAUGUGAAAUACCUUACAAGACUCUCAAACCCACGUUGGCUCAGUGAACCAAUGUAUUCUAGGGGCCAUAAAGAUGUGUGGACGGUACACAUCCCAGUUCAUCUACUUCCCUCUGCUGCUUCUCAUCCGUGAUAGUGAACAUUGAAACAAAACACACAGUGUUUGGGUCAGUCCUGGUAUUCGGUGCCUUUUGGACAUGAUAAAAUGUGAAAAAUCAAACUGUUUCAAAAAUAUUUUUUUGUGUAAUCAUGAUACGGUGAUGUAAAACAUUUGAAAAGUUAUUUUGGUCAAGCUUGGGUACAUAAAUUUAACCAUUUAUAAUAAAAUCAAUGA